AUUUUGGGCCGUGGCGGCCGGGAGAGUGACAUAAUAACAAGUUUGGAAAGGAUUUGCGGAAAGAUUAAGGAAUUCGGCGGCUGCAGCGGGUCUAAAAAAGGUGAGUCAGGUGAAAAGAGGUCGCCCCUCCCUGGUCGCCGCUUGCGUUUGGCGUGUCGGCGCGCAGGUGGGAGGGGAGGGGGCGUGACGUCAGCGGAGCGAGCUGCGAGAGCGAGAGAGUGUCGGGGCCUAGUCGAGCCGCGACGGGCAACAUGGCCGCCACGUAAGCCGCACCUGCAGGGCGCGCGGGGUGUCAUCUCAGGUCGAAUUAAGGUCGCGCCGCGAUGUACCGCAUGAACUUUUACGAGUCGACGUGUCUGCGGUGCCAGCAGACGGUGUACCAGGUGGACAGGGUGGGUCCCCUGAAGGACUUCAGCUUCUUCCACAGCGGGUGCUUCAAGUGCGCCGCGUGCGGCACCAAGCUCACCCUGAAGACGUACCUCAACAGCCAGCUGAGCCAGGAGGACAAGGAGGUCUACUGCAGCAGCCACGUGCCCAAGAGCGGCCCCGGACACCUCGACGGCCACGCGGUCGGCAUCAGGUCGGCCCUGAACGUGCCCAGGUCGUCGCCGGUGGUGAACGAGCAGAUCCGCGGCUCGGGGCGCGCCGGCACCUUCGACGCCGAGGCCCUCAACAUCCGCUCGCACCUCAGCAACGGCCACUCGUCGCCGGCCGCCGGACACGCCCACGCCGAGGCCUCGACGGCCGUCGGCGGAGGGGCGUCCGAGUUCGGCCGCUUCGACGCCAGCGCCCUGCACAUCGCACACGCCCUCAGGGCCACCGAGCUGCAGAAGGCGUACCACAAGGCCCGCGAGAAGCCCAUCGACUACUACCUCGACAAAGAUGAGCAGACACGUUUGGAGAUGAAACACCGCAAGGAAGAGGACGACCUGUACAGAAAAUUCGCCCGUCAGCGCGAGGAGGAGGACAAGCGGAUGAAGGAUGAAAUCAGGGAGGAAUGGGAGAAGGAAUUGGAGCAGCUGACGUCGCGUUUCGAGCGGGAAAUUCGGGGUCGCGGCCGGCGGACGGACGAGCGGGUGCUGACCCUGAAGAUGCAGCAGGAGCGCGACGACCUGGAGAAGAACAUGACCCUGCGGCGGGACAAGCGCAAGGAGAGCCUGACGCGCAAGCUGCUGGAGCACGAGCGCGCGGCGACGGCGGCGCUCGUCGAGAAGCAGAGCCGCGAGAUGCUCGAGCUGAUCAACGAGAAGCGCUCCGAGUACAUGAUGGCCGAGUCGCUCUACCUCGACGAGCCAGACGGCAUGCUCGCCGAGAGCGUCCCCUACCCCGGCACGCCCCCCGCGGCCUGCCCCCCGGCCGUCCCCAAGUUCCAGCUUUACCAGGACCCCAUCGAGUUCGCUGAUAUCGACCAGAUCGCCAUCUCGGUGGCCCAGGAGGACCAGAAAACCUUCACCGACCUCGUCAGGCAGCUUGUUGGACGCUGCGGCUCAGACGUUGAGAAGGCCAGAACGAUUUUCAGGUGGAUAACGGUGAAGAACCUGAACACGAUGACGUUCGACGAGGACACGCGCGGUGACACGCCGAUGGGUCUGCUGCGCGGCAUCAAACACGGCACCGAGAGUUACCACGUGUUGUUCAAGCGGCUGUGCUCGUACGCGGGCCUGCACUGCGUCGUGAUCAAGGGCUACAGCAAGUCUGCCGGUUACCAGCCGGGCGUGCGCUUCGAGGACAACCGCUUCCGCAAUUCGUGGAACGCGGUGUACGUGGCGGGCGCCUGGCGCUUCGUCCAAUGCAACUGGGGCGCCAGGCACCUCGUCAACGCCAAGGAGGUGCCGGCGCGCGCAAAGUCGGACGCCCUGCGCUACGAGUACGACGACCACUACUUCCUCACCGACCCCCGCGAGUUCAUCUACGAGUUUUUCCCCCUCCAGCAGGAGUGGCAGCUGUUGAAGAACCCGAUCAGCCUGACGGACUUUGAGGAGCUGCCAUUUGUGCGGUCGCUGUUUUUCCGCUACGGGCUGUACUUCCCGGACCGGAACACGAAGGCGGUGAUGCUGACCGACUCGACCGGCGCCGCCACCGUGCGCAUCGCCAUGCCCGCACACAUGCAGUCCACCCUUAUUUUCCACUACAACCUCAAGUUCUUCGACAGCGACGGCGACACCUACGACUCCGUCAGCCUAAAACGAUUCGUCAUGCAGUCCGUGGUUGGCAACAUCGUGGCGUUCAGGGUGCACGCGCCGCGCUCCGGCACGCUGCUGCUAGACAUUUUCGCGAACGCCGUGACGCCUCGCGAAUACCUCACCGGCGAGCCGAUGAAGUUCAAGAGCGUCUGCAAGUUCCGCAUCGCGUGCGACGAGCUGCAGACCGUCAUGGUUCCUCUGCCCGACUGUGCCAGCGGCGAAUGGGGCCCCACAAAGGCGACGCGUCUGUUCGGGCUGAUCCCUGUGACGCAUCAGGACGCGCUGGUGUUCGCCGGGCGGGAACUGGAGCUGCAGUUCCGGAUGUCGCGCCCCCUUUCGGACUUCAUGGCGACGCUGCACAAGAACGGCGUGGAGGAGAAGAAGCUGGGCCGGUACGUGGCGUACGCGGUGGCGGGCGACCUGGUCACCUUCACCGUCUCCUUCCCCGAGGAGGGCCAGUACGGGCUGGACGUGUACACGCGCGAGGGCCUCAGCACCGAGGGCGAGAAGCACCUGCUCACCCACUGCUGCAAGUACCUCAUCAACUCCUCCAAGAGGAACUGACCAACCCCCACCCCCACAUUGAGACAACGAGGUCGACUUUUUUUGUAAUUUUGUAACUGAGGCUCUUUCCCUUGGCUGCAGGUCGUUUGACACCAGGUUGGAACAGGGUUCAAAUAGAAUUGGAUGAAAAAUAAACAAAAUUGCCCAAUUUACAGGGGUGUUCGGAUGAGAAUUCGAUUAUCUCGGCUUCCAGACGUGCAAAUUAGACAAACUCAACGCCGUUUGAAAGAUUUUUAAAAGGGUUAAAAAUUAGUUAAUGGGGUCAAGGUUGUAGGUCAAAGGUCAAGGUCACUAAAAUUCAUUUGAAAUUGAAAAAUUUUGAAGGAUUAAAUUUUUUUGGUACAAUAAACGAAAUAAAUGUUCCAAAUUUAAUGUUUAAAAUUUUUGUGGAUAGAUUUAUUUUCGUUUUUGAGACAUUCACUAAAAAAAUUGAAAAAAUAUGUUUUUUCGGGCAUCGAAAAAAUUAAAAAUUCCAAAUAUUUUAUUUUAAACCUGUUUUGUAAAUUUUAAAAAAGAUCUGGGAUGUUCUAAUUGAUUAUCCACCCCUCAGAUUGACUCUAGGGGUGGUUUUUUUCGGCCGCAGUAAAUUUUAUGAUCUUGGCGGCUUGUAAAUGAAUAAUUCAUUCAAACUUAUUUGCUCUCUUGAACGUGGUGUCUGCUGCCGAAGGAAUAAAGUGGAAAGGGCCUGAUAUAUAUUGUUUGUACAAAAAUGCGCGCGCGAACUCGUCCUAAAUUUGUAUGAUAACCUCUUGUAAUUUUAACCAUCUGCGCGGAGAAGAAUAAAAUAAAAGAGUGACGAGUUUGCGGCGGCGGCGGCGCACGCACUAAUCCACGCGAGAUGAAUACAUCCAUCAUUAUAUACAUUAUAUAUCUAAACAUGUACAGAGAUAGAUAGCGAGAGAGGAUGUACCACACACACACACAUACACAGACGACACGCCCGUUUAUAUAUGCUGUUUAUUAUGCGAAUAAAGAGUCUAAUUUUAUUUAACACGG